GAGAGAGAGAGAGAAAGAAAGAAAGAAAGCAAGCUAGACACACAGGACAUUCCAUUUUGACCACUCCUGACAGCAACACACUCUCUCUCUCUCUUCUCUUUUCUUUUCUUUUCUUUUCUUUUCUUUGUUUAUUUAUUUUUCACUUUGUUAGUUUGUUUUCAUAGAUAUUCCCAUUAUUAUUUCCCCAAAUUUCAUCCAAUCGGAGCCCCCGUUACGCCGCCGCCGGAAUCAGCCAAUUCCGCAAUGGGCCUCCUCCGGCUCGUUCUUCUCUAUUUCUAGGGUUUCUUUGUUUUCUCUUUCUCCCUCCGCGUGUCUCCUAUCGUAGCUUCUGCUGCGCUUUCCCACCGGAGACAUGUCGCGCCAAACGACGUCGACGGCAUUCACUAAAUCCAAGACUCUCGACAACAAAUAUAUGCUGGGAGAUGAGAUUGGGAAAGGAGCUUAUGGUCGAGUUUACAAAGGUUUGGACCUGGAGAAUGGAGACUUUGUUGCAAUUAAACAAGUCUCUUUGGAGAAUAUUGCACAGGAGGAUCUCAACAUCAUCAUGCAAGAGAUUGAUUUGUUGAAGAAUUUGAACCACAAAAACAUUGUAAAGUAUCUUGGAUCCUUAAAGACAAAGAGUCACCUGCACAUAAUUCUUGAGUAUGUGGAGAAUGGUUCACUUGCAAAUAUAAUCAAGCCAAAUAAAUUUGGUCCUUUUCCAGAAUCACUGGUUGCUGUUUAUAUUGCCCAGGUGUUGGAAGGCUUGGUUUAUCUACAUGAACAAGGUGUUAUUCAUCGAGAUAUCAAGGGUGCAAACAUAUUGACAACUAAAGAGGGUCUUGUCAAGCUUGCUGAUUUUGGUGUUGCGACAAAAUUAACAGAGGCUGAUGUCAAUACACAUUCAGUUGUUGGAACACCAUACUGGAUGGCCCCAGAGGUUAUAGAAAUGUCUGGGGUUUGUGCUGCUUCUGACAUUUGGAGUGUUGGCUGUACAGUUAUUGAACUUCUUACAUGUGUACCUCCGUAUUAUGAUUUGCAGCCUAUGCCAGCUCUUUUUCGUAUUGUCCAGGAUGAGCAUCCUCCAAUUCCUGAUAGCUUGUCACCUGACAUUACCGAUUUUCUGCAUCAAUGCUUUAAGAAGGAUGCUAGACAAAGGCCUGAUGCUAAAACACUGCUGUCUCACCCUUGGAUUCAAAACUGUAGACGUGUCCUGCAGUCUUCACUCCGUCAUAGUGGAACAUUGAGAAAUAUAGAGGAAGAUGAUUCUGCAGGUGCACAAGUUUCUUCUGUUGAUCACAAGGGUGCUGGUGAAAGAUCUUCAGCGGAGAAAGAGGAUCCUCCAAAAGAGUUUUCAACUGUGACUGCUGAUGGCAGCAAAUCUCACGAAGACAAUGCUUCAGAUUCUAACUUUCUCAAUGAGAGAACAGAGAAGGCUGAUGAUGUUCCAUCAGAUCAAGUUCUUACCUUAGCCAUUCCCGAGACGUCGUUUCUACAAACUGGUUCUAGCAAACUCUCAUCUAAUGGAGAAGUAGAGGGUUCUGGGCCAACCGAUGAUCAUGGAAAUUCUAAUGCUAAAGACCUACAUGCAGUUGGGGUGAAUGGAGAAAUCAAAUCUCCAAAUUCAAGAGGGAUGGCUAAUAAGCUUGGAGGAAAAGACAGUACUAAUAAUAAUGGCAAUAAAUCAUUUGCUUUUGGAACAAGAGGUCAUGAUAAUGGUGCCCUGGUGGCAAUGAAGGUACCAGCCCAAGGGGAAGGACAUGAGCUGAGUAGAUUUAGUGACCCUCCAGGAGAUGCAUACUUAGACGAUUUAUUUCAAGACAAACAACCUGGCGAUGCUGCUGCUGAGGCUUCCACAUCUACAUCCACUUCACAUAUGGCUAAAGGCAAUGCAUCCAUGAAUGAUGGUGGGAAAAAUGAUCUGGCCAAGGAGUUGAGGGCCACCAUUGCCCGAAAACAAUGGGAGAAGGAGAGUGAAAUUGGACAGGCAAACAAUGGUGGGAACCUUUUACACCGAGUAAUGAUAGGUGUUCUAAAAGAUGAUGUGAUUGACAUUGAUGGUUUGGUCUUCGAUGAGAAGCUUCCUGGAGAGAAUCUUUUUCCAUUGCAGGCUGUUGAGUUUGGCAGAUUAGUUGGUUCACUACGGCAAGAGGAAUCAGAAGAAGUCAUUGCCUCUGCUUGCCAGAAACUUAUUGGUAUAUUUCACCAACGUCCAGAGCAGAAGAUUGUUUUUGUUACCCAGCAUGGUUUACUUCCUCUGGCAGAUUUACUGGAGGUUCCUAAAACACGUGUCAUAUGCUCUGUGCUUCAACUUAUAAAUCAAAUAAUCAAAGACAACACUGAUUUUCAAGAAAAUGCAUGUCUUGUUGGAUUGAUUCCUGCAGUCAUGAGCUUUGCUGUACCUGAUCGACCCCGAGAGAUUCGUAUGGAAGCCGCUUAUUUUUUGCAGCAGCUUUGUCAGUCAAGCUCUUUGACAUUACAAAUGUUUAUAGCUUGUCGUGGAAUACCUGUACUGGUGGGAUUUCUUGAGGCUGAUUAUGCCAAGUACAGGGAAAUGGUUCAUCUGGCUAUUGAUGGCAUGUGGCAAGUAUUCAAGCUUCAACAGUCGACUCCUAGAAAUGACUUCUGUCGAAUUGCUGCAAAGAAUGGAAUACUCCUUAGGCUUAUAAAUACCCUUUAUAGCUUAAAUGAAGCAACUCGGCUAGCUUCUAUGUCUGUUGGGGGUGGACUUUUGGUUGAUGGUUCAUCUCAACGACCACGUUCAGGAAUGGCAGAUCCUACACAUCCUUUUAUUGUUCAGAAUGAGGCAUUGCUCUCUUCAGUAGAUCAGCAGGAUAUACCUAAAGUGAGGCGUGGAGUACUUGACCAUCACGUAGAAGCUUCCCAUGCUUCAACAUCCAAUAAUCGAAGAUCAGAUUCUACUUACUCCUUGGAUGUUGAUAGGCCUCAAUCUAGCAAUGCAGCGUCUGAACCAAGGGAUUCUUUUUCUCGAGCAGAUGUUGAAUCCAGACAGCAGCGUAUCAGUUUCUCUGCCAACAGGACAUCAACAGAUAGACCUCCUAAAGUAUCAGAGACUGCAUCAAAUGGGUUAUCAGUAACUGGAGGGACACAGCAAGAGCAAGUUCGGCCUCUUCUAAGCUUGUUGGAGAAAGAGCCCCCAUCUGGACGCUUCUCUGGCCAGCUUGAGUAUGUGCGUCAGUUUUCUGGAUUAGAAAGACAUGAAAGUGUACUUCCUUUGCUACAUGCCUCUGAAAAGAAAACAAAUGGUGAACUAGACUUUUUGAUGGCAGAGUUUGCAGAUGUUUCUCAACGUGGAAAGGAAAAUGGAAAUCUUGAUUUUGGUACCAGAUUGUCUCACAAAGUUGCUCCCAAGAAAUUAGGGACUUUAGGUGCUAGUGAAGGAGCUGCUUCGACAUCUGGGAUUGUAUCGCAGACUGCAUCAGGUGUAUUAUCUGGUUCAGGUGUCCUAAAUGCUAGACCAGGUAGUGCAACUUCAUCUGGGCUACUUUCCCACAUGGUUUCAUCAUUGAAUGCAGAUGUUGCCCGGGAGUACCUAGAAAAGGUGGCAGACCUUCUGCUUGAGUUUGCACAAGCAGACACAACAGUGAAGUCUUAUAUGUGUAGCCAUAGCUUGCUCAGUCGUCUUUUCCAGAUGUUUAACAGGGUGGAGCCUCCUAUUCUGUUAAAGAUAUUGAAGUGUAUUAAUCAUCUGUCAACUGAUCCAAAUUGCUUAGAAAAUCUUCAACGUGCUGAAGCUAUAAAAUACUUGAUACCAAAUCUUGAACUCAAAGAAGGGUCUCUUGUAUCAGAAAUACAUCACGAGGUCCUCAAUGCACUGUUUAACUUAUGCAAGAUAAAUAAAAGGAGACAAGAGCAGGCAGCUGAAAAUGGGAUCAUUCCCCAUUUGAUGCAAUUCAUCACAUCAAAUUCUCCCUUGAAACAAUAUGCUUUGCCUCUACUAUGUGAUAUGGCUCAUGCAUCUCGCAAUUCAAGAGAGCAGUUAAGGGCUCAUGGUGGUUUGGAUGUCUAUUUGAAUCUCCUUGAGGAUGAAAUUUGGUCUGUGACAGCGCUAGAUUCUAUUGCUGUUUGCUUAGCCCAUGACAAUGACAGUAAGAAGGUGGAACAAGCAUUACUAAAAAAGGAUGCAGUUCAAAAGCUUGUGAAGUUUUUCCAGUCGUGUCCGGAGCAGCAUUUUGUACACAUAUUGGAGCCAUUCUUGAAAAUCAUCACAAAAUCUGCAAGGAUCAAUACCACGCUGGCUGUUAAUGGAUUAACACCAUUACUCAUUGCAAGGCUUGAUCAUCAAGAGCCUUAGUCACGAGGUGAUACAGGCUGUCUAUGAGCAUCAUCCGCAGCCGAAGAAGCUGAUCGUGGAGAAUGAUUUGCCCCAGAAACUUCAAAACUUAAUAGGCGAACGAAGAGAUGGCCAAGUUUUGGUUAAACAGAUGGCUACUUCAUUGCUUAAAGCUCUACACAUAAAUACCGUUUUGUAAAUUUAGGGUUCAAUAGUAAUUUUUGUUUAUGUAUAUUCGAUUGUAUUGGGGAAAAAAUAUUUAUGGUUGUGUAUAUAAUUUUGCCCCUUGUUUGGUUUGCUUAUCAUUUAUCUUGGUUGAGUGAAAAAAUGAUUGAGUGGCGUAUGUUAACUCAUGGAUACUAUUUUUGGGAGUUGGCUGAUUUUUUUGGCUCCGAACUCCCAAAAUGCAUAGUUUUCUCUUUUGGGUUCGGAUGUGAGGUGGGAAAGUAUCUUAAGUACUGGUUUCCUCAUGUUUCUUCCAUUCGCUCUAUUUGUAAACUAUAACUAUAACUAUUUAUGAUGUACGCCAAAAAAUUUAAAAAGAAAAAGUUCAAAGUAUGUUAUCUGAAGAUUU